CGAAAUUUAAGGCCAGGUGUCGUUGGUUACGAACGUUGCGAUGGAAAGUUAGAAAGAAAGAAAAAGAAAUAAUAGUAACUCGAUAUUGUUCGUAUCGUUGGAAAAAAAAGAAAGAAUCAUGAAUCAUGAACGGUGCUUUAUCUUCGUCUCGAUUUGUUUCGACAAACCAACUGAAAGAUGCAUCAAGAAUUUAUCUUGCGUAUCAUAAUAUUAUCAGCCCUGCUAAACAUCUAUGCGACGAAUACAUGCGAAGUUCGAUCGAUAACCAUCGGAUCAUCCAUUUACAUUCCUUUUGCAAACUCUUCGUACAACGUGUGGGUAAAUGCCCAGCGAAAUCUAAAAUCGAAUCGCGGCAGCGCACAUCCUCCCAGGAAACGCUUGUGCCUACGUGGAAAUUGGAAAUUGGUUGAUCAACCUCGGAUUAGAAAUGAACCACUUCUUACUUGAUUAUUACGUUACGGGCAAAUUACGUGAUUAUCACGUUAAAAUAACGAGGUUAUGUUCAAAGCAAUUUGUAAUUUCGACGUUUUCGUAUUAAUGUUAAUUAAUUUAAUUUUAAUUGAAAUUUUAUGAAAUCGAGAUGUCAUUCGUGAAAGAACAUUUCUAGAUCACAAUUUCAAUUGAAAUUAAUAUAACGUGACCACUAAAAGUAAUUGAAGUAUUUAAUUGCAUUGAAAUUCCAAUAUUAAAUACUUUUACAUUAAUUACUUCAGGAUUUUUUAUUAUUUUAAGGAUUUCAUGGAAUUCACGUUUUAAGUUAGUCUGAUUUACUUAAUAAAGUUACGUUUAAUUUAGUUAUAUAUUUUUGGUUAUUCUUAGGCCUGUUUGCUAAUCAAGGAGAUGCGAGUUGAAAAAAAAAAAACAGAAACAAUCAGAGUCGUGAGAAAGCUUUGAAAGAGAGUUAAUUGUGUCGUUUAAAGAGUUAAUGUGUUAAUUGUUACUUAAUAAAUAUCAUUUAAAUUAUACUUCUACGUUAUUAAGAAUUCUUAUUAAAAAAAACCAUCUAUUCUCUUUUCAAACUAAAUCAUCGGUUUUCCUUUGAAUCGAAUGCGAAGUGACUUUUGUCUCUCGUCUCUCGCUGUUUAAAGUAUAUGAAAAAAGCAAGGUACGUCAAUGUGAAAAACAUUGGAAAUCGCUGGAAAAUUUAUAAACCUCAACCUCGUGUUUCACCCAACGUUGGUCCUCGUGUAGUCUUCAUCAUUAGUAAGUCAAUGCUCAGACACAAGCAUCGCGUCCACUUAAAUUCUGAAAUUCUUACAACGCUUUCGCCGGCCGAUAUUUUCCAUCCAAUGAGAUUAUCUCAGGCGUUGCCUGAUUCGAAACUGCAUCCCGCCGGCAAAUAACAAGACGUCGACGAGGGACAACGUUGGCGCAAAUUGGGCGAUAUCCGGCGAACUUUGUCCUCCCUUUUGCCACCGACAAAUUGAAAAUAAAGGGAGAUCUGAUCAUCGGCUCUGAAUGAAAUCAUCUUGCCAUUGUCCGUCGACAGAAACUGAGGACAAAAAUAAAUGAAAUUUAGUGGCGGGCUUGUUUAUUCCUUUAAGUUAACUUUAUUAAUCACCAUCGACGAUUAAUAAAGUUAACUUAUUUCUUAAGUGUUGAAAAACUUUUUAUUAAUCAAUAAUAAUGAUCGUCGAAAUUAUUUCACAGCCUGUGGUAUUCAUUCAACGAUGCAUGAUCAUUUUUGCCAUCCUGCUCUGUUAUUUUCACGUUCGGUGCGAAGGUGUGGAUUGCGAGUACGUAUAUACACCUGCAGAGGUACGAUGUCGAGGAAACGUGCAAUGUUCCCAAUCAUGUACGAAGGAUGCGAAGGAAAUAAAGGGAACAUAAAUUGCGUCAAGGAACUUGAAGAAGCACGUCGUAUCCCUUAUGUCCCGCUGUCGAAGUCAAGACUCUUAAUUGCUUUGCUUGAUGAUGUACAUUUUGCUCCAUUAUCCCUUUUUUUUUUGUUCAUCGACACGGAAUUAAUUAGAAAGAAAGUAGCCACAGAUAUAUUUGACAUCUUCUUCUCAAUUUGUUGCAGGAUCUGCAGAAGGAUAUCACGCGAUCUGUUCGCCACAAAUUAAGGAACGAUGAGAUGAAUAAACGGAAGCCAGCCUUGAUGGAGAACUUUCUGUCAGAAUUGGAGUCUUCGGAUACCUAUUGAACGAAAAUGAUCAGGAAAUAAAAAUCUUCUCGGCUCGCGCAAGCAUUUCUCAUCAUUCCGAAUUUCAGAAAUGUGCAUUUAUUCUUCUCUCUCUCUCUCUCUCUCUCUCUCUCUUUCUCUCUCUCUACUAUAUACGCAAAAUAAAAUCUCCUUUCCUUCACUAUUUACUUACUUUUGUUUCAGAGAUAUUUUUGCUUUACUGUCCCCCCUUCUUAUUUAUUCCGGUCUUUUCUCUUCAAGUAACCUAACCACUUUGCUUCUUCAUUACCUUUGAAUUAAUUACAAUUAAUAUUAAACCAUUGUAUCCACGUUACUAACAAUACACACGUGCUGCAGCAUAAGAAAAUAUAUUUGAAAUUCGAAGCAACUCCUUAGAUGAUCCUACUAAAACAGAGUAAACGAAAUUGGAAAUAUCAUUUUACAUUUUAUCACGAUAUAUAGCUUAUUAUAUAUAACUUUUAUCUAAAUAUUAAAACCUUGUAUAUAAAUACAUUAAAAACAAGUAACAGACUGCUUCUGGAACGUUAAAAGAGAAAAUGCAUCCUCAACAAGAACACUCAUUUCUAUCAUUAAGAAAUUUGAUAUAUUUUAAUGUAUUUUUUAUGUAUUUGUAAAGUUUUCAAAUGUACUAAUAUAUAGAACUAUUGACGUCAUAGAACUAUAGAGUCAUGACACUUUAAAUUUUAUAAGUACUACAAUAAAAUUACUAUAUUUAUCUAACUAUUUUUGAAAUUAUAUUUAGUAGAGGAAUUUAGCAACAAAACAAAGAACUUGUUCCUAG